AUGUUGAGAAGAGGAAUUUCAAUGAGAACCUCCUCAAUAGGAGCAAAACUCACACAGGGUAGAUUGUACAUAUCGAGACUAAGCUCAUCAUCAGCUGGUGUUAUAUCUAUAAGCAACAGCAGCAAAAUCAACAAAUAUUACGAUGGGUUGCUCGCUGAUUUGAAAAGAAAAGACUCAUACGUAGACAAAAAUCUGACGUCCGGGGCCGACUCACCUUCGGUGUACUCCAAAUCAUUCAAUGACAUAUCUGCCGAUGACUUAAUGAGAAGCGUUCCAAGGGACAGUGUCAAGGACGAAACAUGGAAUUCCAGCUAUGACUCUGUGACAAGAUCUCCAUAUGCUAGAGAUGUGGGCCACUUGGAAAUCCUCCUAGAUGCAUUGGUGAGCAAUAAGAACUUCGUCAGAGCUGAAAAUAUCUUGAAGGCGAUACAACCUUUGUUGUCUGAAAGUCAAAAUUUAAUAUACCAAGUAAACAAAUACUUAGAAGCAUUUGCAUUAGAAGAUUCCGUGAAUGAAAUGGAAAUUGCACAUUUUAUAGAACAAAUACCAGAGAAGUUUCACGGAGUUACUCCAGAUUCACGGACUUGGGCCAUAUUGGUCAGGAAGCUGUCCGAUAGUAUGCAUGUUAUCAAGAGAUUAGGGACACUGAAUUCUAGCUGGAUGACCAAGAAAAUCCUUACCCAUAUCGAUGUUUUGGGGGAUGACAAGAUCAGUGAACUCCUUUCAGACCCAGAAAUGAGAAUAGAAUGGGUUCCUAAGGCAUUGGUAGGAAACUUUGAAGAAAUCCAGGAGAUGCGCAGGAAAGACGAAGAGCACCUUCAGCGCCAGCUCCACAAGCAGGCCGACUUAGAUUCUCAUCUGAUGGAUGACGAUGUUGCACAGAACGCUGGUGCAUCUGAAGCUGAAGAUGAUUUGUUAAGUGUAUUUGAAGGUCUUGACGUAGAACAAAGAGAUCCUACAUUAUCGCCCACAGACGUCCCAACCAAUAACCAGACUUUGUCUACAUCCACUGAAUCUUCUCCAUCUGCAACGGGAAAUCCAGAUAUCCUUGAAAAGGAUGUCGAAGAAUUAAUAUCUGUUGAUUCUUUUGGCCUUAAAGUCAUCAGACAGUCACUUCUAGGCUUAAACUCGGAUUCCACUGUACUUCAAGAUUUCAUUGAAAACCUUGAGACUGAUGCAGAGACGAACAUCCUUUCAUCGGAUGCUAGCCAUAAUAAGCGUGAUUAUUUCGAAAUCUAUAAAUCAUUGAAAACACCUGAGCAAAAGGAGGAGUUUAAUAACGUUUUGAAUAUAUUCAACGAAGAAAGACAAAAGCAAUUGGAGCUCAAGGGAUUGGAUGCAGCCAAGGAUAAAUGGAAGAAUGAAUACGAGUCUAUGAAGGAAAGAGGAACGUUCCUGGUCCACAAGUCUUUGAAUGUUCAGUUAUUCGACUGGUACUCAAAAAUGUUACCCUUAGUUAAGCAAGAAGUGGCUGAAUGUAAGAUUUUGUUGGACGAACCGAAUAUCAUAAACAAGCACAAGAUGGGCCCAGAGAGAGAUUUGUUAAAAGAUCGUUUAUUUUAUGCUCCAUACUUAACUUUGGUUCCACCAGAGAAGUUGUGUGCUAUCACCAUACUUGAAAUUUUGAAAUUGAACUCAACUGGAGGUGUUGUGGAUGGUAUGAGAACAGCUAGAGCUGUUGUAUCCGUAGGUAGAGCCAUUGAAUUGGAAUAUAAGUCUCAAAAGUUGUUGGAGAUUGAAGGAAAGUCAUUAAAUAGAAAGGUUAACACCAAGAACAUAAGUGAAUUGAGACAGUAUAUCCAAAAAAGAAGAGAUAUUAGGAAUCCAGUAUUGGAAAGUAAUACCGCUCCUAAUUCUUCCGGAGAAUGGACAGGCCCUGUAUAUGCUAAAACCGGAGAAUUAUUAACGAGACUCUUAUUACAUGUUGCUGUUGUUCCAGUCAAAACUACAGAUCCCUCCACAGGCGAGGAAAUUGUCGGAUAUCAACCUGCUUUACAUCACACUUUCCAGUAUAUUAACGGUCAAAAAUUAGGAGUUUUGAAGAUCCACAAGGAAUUGUUAAAGAAAUUGGCUGGAGAAAAGGCAAAUGCAACCGUUCAGCCACAAUUAUUACCAAUGCUUGUUAAACCUCGACCAUGGACAAGCUAUAAUGAUGGUGGUUACUUGUACUCUUCUUCAUACUUAGUUAGAAUCAAGGACUCUCCAGAGACUAUUGCUUACUUGAAGGCAUCGCUGGAGAAGGGCCAUCUAGAUGAAGUUUACGAAGGGUUGAAUGUCUUAGGUGAAACUGCGUGGACUGUGAACAGAAAGAUUUUUGAUGUUAUAAGUCAAAAAUGGAACACUGGUGAAAAAUUCUUAGAUAUACCUGAAGCUGGAAAUGACCCAGUGUUACCCAAAGAAGCUCCUCCUAAGAAUGCAGACCCAUCGGUUAAAAGAAACUAUCAAAGAGUAGUCAGAAAGGCAUUGAACGAUGCUGCCAGUGCCAGAUCUCAGAGAUGUGAUUCUAACUAUAAAUUAGAAAUUGCAAGAGCAUUUAUCGGCGAGAAGCUCUAUUUCCCCCAUAAUGUUGAUUUUAGAGGUAGAGCAUAUCCAUUAUCACCACAUUUCAAUCAUUUAGGUGGAGAUAUGACUAGAUCUUUGUUUUUAUUCUGGGAAGGUAAGGAAUUAGGUACUACUGGAUUGGAUUGGCUCAAGAUUCAUUUGGCUAAUCUUUCAGGAUUGGAUAAGGCUCCAUUAACCGAAAGAUUACAAUUUACAAAUGACAAUAUGGACAAGGUGUUAGAACUGGCUCGUAAUCCUUUAAGUGUUGACUCAUUGACAGGAGAAAAUAACGGUUGGUGGCUUAAAGCUGAAAAACCUUGGCAGGCACUUUCUGUGUGCUUUGAAUUAGCAGAAGCACAUAAAUUAGAAGAUCCAACAAAGUACAUCAGUCACAUUCCUGUCCAUCAAGAUGGUACAUGUAAUGGGUUGCAACAUUAUGCAGCAUUAGGGGGCGAUGUCGAAGGUGCCAGACAAGUGAAUCUAUUACCGGCUGAUAGACCACAAGAUGUUUACAAAUUUGUUGCUAACUUAGUGCAAAAAAGAAUCGAUAUAGAUGCUGCCAAUGGUGAACAAUUUGCUAUAUUCAUGAAAGAUAAACUCACGAGAAAGGUUGUCAAACAAACAGUUAUGACCAAUGUUUAUGGGGUGACAUUUGUAGGAGGAGUUGCUCAAAUAGAAAAGCAAAUUGAUCAAUAUUUCACUAAUGAACAAAGACUGAUUGGCUUACCCAGUCAAGUAUCUAAAUACUUGGCUCGCUUGGUGUUUUCCUCAAUGAGAGAAUUAUUCGAAGGUGCUCAUCAGAUUCAAGAUUGGCUAGGAGUAUGUGCUAAGAGAAUAUCGAGAUCUAUUAGAAUUGAUUAUGAAGGUGAAGGUCAACAUUUGCCCAAAGGCAAGAACGGUAACAAAAAACCUGAUUACUUAUCAUCUGUCAUUUGGACCACUCCAUUAGGAUUACCUUGUGUCCAACCUUACCGUAGUAUCAAGAAGCAAGUAAUUGCUACGAAUUUACAAGACAUAGUCAUCACUGACCCAUUUGGAGCUGCACCGGUUGAUGCUAGAAAACAACAAACAGCAUUUCCUCCGAAUUUUGUUCAUUCCUUGGAUGCUACUCAUAUGUUGUUAACUUCUAGAGCAGCUGGGGAAAGUGGCAUUGCCUUUGCAUCAGUCCACGAUUCAUAUUGGACACAUGCCUGUGAUAUUGACUUGAUGAAUGAACAUUGUAGGAACCAAUUUAUUAAGUUGCAUGAAGACAACUUGAUUUCUAAGAUUAGAAACGAAUUCGAAAGAAGAUACAAAGGUUACUUACAGGUGAUUCAUAUUUCUGGAGAACAUCCAGUUGGGGCAAGGAUCAAACAAGUCCGUAAGGAAUUGAGCGAGAGUAUUGGUAGGGCAGUUACUGUUGCAGACGAAAUAUACUUGGAAAGAAGUAGACAAUCACUAUUAGAUUCUCAAGAUCCUUUAAAGGUUAGAAUGGGCCAAGAAAUGAUCACAACUAUUAGUGUCACAGAAGGUGAAGAUUUGGAAAAGGAAGCUGUUCCAAGUGGAUCAUCAAAGGCUAUACAAGUUUUGGUUCCAUUGAAGUUCCCCGAUAUUCCAGCCAGAGGUGAAUUGGACAUUGAUGAGAUUAAGAAGUCCAAGUACUUCUUUUCAUAG